AUGUCUUGGCCGUUUUCGAAACUGAUUUCCCUUUUCCACCUCCCCUACCAAACUCGAACAGACGAAGACCAAGGCGUGAGCAUGGGGACAUGUGCGUCCAAGCUUGGUGCCGUCUCCGCUGCUUCGACCGCCCGCCAGGCUGCGUCCAGAGGCGCAGGAGAAGGCGACCAAGUUCGUUUGCGCCCGCAAGCCACUAUUCCCUCGCACAGCAAGAGCCUUCCCUCUAAAAGGUCCGACGUUUCCUUGUCCGCAGCGCAUCGCUCGGUUUUGGGGAAGUUCUUACACCCGCCAGGUUAUCAGCCCGCAUCUCGAAGUCCGGCUCCUCCUCAGCAGUACCCCCAUCACUACGAUACGUCUCCCGUGUCUUCAGCGAACCGCCACGAGACAGACGAUCUCCCGGGAAGUGGAGACACCCACGACGGCGAGUCGCUUCUCGCAUCUGCAAAGCAAAGCGAACUGGGCGCAGCAAAUCGUUCACCAACUGGACAAGGCAGCAAUAUUGCCGUGGUCGCAGGGUCGAGUACGAAUCCCGGCUACGCAGACGCGCUGGAGAGUCCGUCCUUGGCCAUUUUGACAGAAACCUGCAGCAACGAAAAGAUGGCGGAGCCACAGUCCGACAACCCGGGUGCGGGCAGCGCCGCCGGGAACACGCAAGAUCGGAAUGACAAGCGCUCCGGUUCUCCCUUGGAUGGUCGUAGCUUUGCGACGGAGAGAUGCAGUGGCGAAGACAAAACAGGAGAACGCGCUGAAGGAACCUCGGCGGCUAGGGAGGAGAAUGCGAAGCGAGAUAGUGACCGUCCGCGCGCUGCUGAGACGUGGCCAGGAUCUCCUCAGAGGAGACGCCGACUGUCUCUCUCCCGUUCUGCAGGGGCGAGAGAAGACGCAGACGAGAAGGCGAGAGGCCAAGCAAUCAUUGCUGUUGGCGCCGAGGUACCUGCCGGUGUGUUGCUUGCACAGCGCCUGGGAAACACAAAACCGCCGGGGGGAAAAGCACUCGACCGUGCGUCGUCGUCUCCUCGCGUGUCGGCGAAGAAAGAAUGUGAGGAGUCCGAGGAAGGCGAGCAGACGAGGAACUCGCCGGAGCCACACGACUGCGACGCACCAGCGGAAGUUGACAGGGGCGAUCCCGACAAAAAGGUUGAGAAGCACGGACAGGCAGCCCAGCAAGACUCACUGAAUCAGUUUGGUAUCGGCAUGUGCUGCAAAAAAGGUUUCAAACCGGAGUCUCCGAAUCAAGACGACUUCUUCAUAAUCAAAGUCGAUAAAUGGUCACUGUACGGCGUCUUCGACGGCCACGGCCCCCUUGGGCACGAUGUGAGCAAUUAUGUUCAACGUGAACUGCCGGCGAGGCUCCUCUACGGCGAACCUCCCUUUCUAUCGUACCCCCUUCGUGCACUUCACACGUCCUUCACAACGGUACAUCAUGAGUUGGAGGAUCAAACGGACGAUGCUUUAAGCGGCGCGGCGGGGAUUGAUUGCAGCAUGAGCGGCACGACAGCGACAGUUAUUCUGCAUAUCCACGCGCUGAAGAAAUUGUUUGUUGCUCACGUCGGAGACAGUCGCGCCGUGAUUGGCCGAAGAGAACCAGGUACCUCCGGGGGCGUUGCCGGAGUAGAUCGGUUCAGACCGCAAACACGAAAUGAAAGCGCGAGGCCGGAACAGUCCACCCCGGAUCCUCGACAGAGUGCACAGGAUCGAGGCAUCGGCAGCGCGGCUACAGAGUGCGAAGGACAGUCGCCGUCGAGACUUACCGCGGUCGACCUAACAAAUGAUCACAAACCUACCAACGAGGUCGAGAGACAACGCAUUCAAAAGGCAGGCGGUCAAGUCCGUCGGUUAGAUGGCGACGUUCCGCACCGUGUGUUUUUGAAGAACCGACUCUUUCCUGGUCUUGCCAUGAGUCGAGCGAUCGGAGAUACAAUCGCCACUCAAGCGGGGGUUAUUGCAGACCCUGAAGUCCGAGAGUAUGAAAUCCUCGAAGGCCGUGAUGAAUUCCUGCUCAUUUGCUCCGAUGGUGUCUGGGAGUUUAUUUCCUCACAAGAAGCCGUCAAUAUGGUUGGCGCUUUUGGACGCGAUCAGGUGCAGAAAGCAUGCGAUGCAAUCGCCAGAGAAGCUUGGAGACGUUGGAUUGAGGAAGAGCACAAUGUCGUCGAUGACAUCACUGUCAUUGUUAUCUAUUUCUAA